GACACCGAGACAAAUUCCCCGGGACGUCGAGCAAAAUGGCGAAGAAAGCAAAGUCACGUACGAUCGCCGUCCGGCUGAUCUCCAUGGCCAUGACGGGCUAUUACCGCACAAUGAUGCGCCCGCGAGUGCACCGACCCCUCAGCAUGCUCAAGUACGACCCCGUCGUGAAGAAGAAGGUGCUGUUCCUUGAGGCGACCAAGGGUGGAAAGGCGAAAUAAGCGACUUCACACCUAUUUGAUUCGGCACGAUUGUCACCCCGAAAGGCCGCCG